CAGUGCUAAGGGUUUUUAUUCAGUCGGCGUAACUCCGAAAUUUUGCAGAAAUCUGCGUUGAUCCACUUCCAUCCGCAGCCGGCCGACCAAAAUGGUAAAUCGUCGAUCUCUUUCCGCUACUCAUUGUAUUGCCGUUUCCUUUCCACUUUCUUCCAAUCAGUUUGCAUGAACACGAAUUUUUUUCCGGUAUAAAUUGAUGAUAGAUGUAGCUUUAACUGUUCUUUUAAUUUUCUUUUUUAUGGAUUGAAUUUUUGUGAAUCAGAUUAUCUCAGAGAAGAACCGCAGGGAGAUUUCCAAGUACCUCUUCCAGGAGGGAGUUUGUUAUGCGAAGAAGGACUACAACUUGGCCAAGCAUCCGGAGAUCGAUGUGCCAAACUUGCAGGUGAUUAAGCUGAUGCAGAGUUUCAAGUCCAAGGAAUACGUUAGGGAAACCUUCGCAUGGAUGCACUAUUACUGGUACCUAACCAAUGAGGGCAUUGAGUUCCUCAGGACUUACCUUAACCUUCCUUCUGAAAUCGUUCCAGCAACGCUGAAGAAGUCUGCUAAGCCUCUUGGCCGCCCUAUGGGUGGACCCCCUGGUGAUCGCCCUCGUGGACCUCCAAGAUUUGAAGGCGACAGGCCUAGAUUUGGUGACAGGGAAGGAUACCGUGGUGGUCCUCGUGGAGGACCUCCUGGUGAGUUUGGGGGUGACAAAGGUGGAGCUCCAGCUGAUUAUCAGCCUGCUUUCAGGGGUGCUGGUGGAAGACCUGGUUUCGGCCGUGGAUCUGGAGGGUUUGGUGCUCCUCCACCAAGCUCUAGCUUCUCCUAAAUAUUUAUUAUGAGCUUGAAUAUCAUUAGUAGUGUAAUUCUGGUUAUGUUGCCAGUAUAAGUCUAUUGUCAGAAUCGUUUAUCUUGAAUGAAUAUUUCAGUUUUGGUAGCUUGGAUCCUAAACGUGUCAAAAGGAGAAAUGAGAGCGCUUGUACCUUGACAUUAUUUUCUUUUGGAUUGAGUAGAUGUUUUGUGUUAUUCUUGUUUCUCAAAUUCCUAUUCUGCUUAAUAUGAUCUCCGAUAUAACAGUUAGCUUCUUGUUUGCA